AUGGAGGAAGACUCGGAAGACUUCGUCGUGAAGCUGUAUGCAGGAGGGACGUUCACCUAUUCAGCGAAAUACCACAGUCACGAUGCCGAGUGUGGGUAUAACUACGACAGGACUAUGGAUGCAUCGGGCACAUGGCGGCUGAUUCGCCGAGAUGUAGGCAAGGAGGAUCUCGAAGAGGCGGUUUACCUCGAGGGAACUACCACCAAUCGCACUAAGACGCAGCACUCACGAGGGUGCUACGACUACGACGACUACAGAUCAUCGGGUUCAGACGAUUCGGAGGACGAAGACGAAGAGAAGGACCCGCCACCGAAGCAGACCAAGGCUGUCGAACUUCCGAAGGGCAAGGACGAGACCGUGACUGAAAAGUUCACAUUGAGUCUUGCCAAGGCAGCGCUGCUGACGCCCGAUCCAGGAAUGCACCAAAGAGGAGGCUGGAAGGUGACGGACUUGCCACCGGAAACACCAAAGACUUUGGACACCGGGGCAGCCAGCUCGUCGGGAUGA